AUGGUAACAGUGGUUACAGGCAGAAAAUGGCGUCGACCAUCCCUUGUUUGGCUGUGCGAGGUUCCACCGGCAUAAACGUAGGUCAAGGACCUCCAACUUACGAUGCCGUCUCAGCAUUUUCCAAAGAUGACAGCAAAUCGUGUAAAACGAUGCUGUUCAGUCCGGAAGGCCGGUUUUUUGCCUGGGCCAAUGGAUCCUCGGUACAAAUUGCUUUGUGCGCGACUUGGAAGGUCAUCGGAAAAAUUUCAAGGCCGAAAAUCCAGGCUAUUCGAUUUUCCCCUCAGGGCAAUUACCUUAUGACCUGGGAGCCAUUCAUUGCGACUCCUACAAAUCCUCAAGGUUCUCCAAAUCUUAAUAUCUGGAAAUCCGAGGAUACAGAGCUCGUAAAAAGCUUUGUCCAGAAGAAACAAACCGACUGGGAACCGCAAUGGUCGAGUGAUGAAAAAAUCUGUGGAAUGCUUGUAAAUAAUGACGUCGUUUUGUACGAGGACGUAAAUUUUGAGAGAGCUGCGCACCGAAUAAACGUAGCCAAAAUAGCUAAAUUCAGUAUAGCACCUGGUGCAGUUCCUUAUCACAUACUGUGCUACAUGCCUGGAAAACCUGGCCAAGCAUCUUUUGGUCGACUCUUUCAGUACCCAAAAUUCGAAUCGACUCAGUCAAUAGCAAACAAAAGUUUCUUCCAGUCAGACAGAGUUGACAUUUAUUGGAAUCAAAAGGGAACUAGUGCAUUAUUAAUGACUAGCACAGAAGUUGAUAAAACUGGGGCUUCCUAUUACGGCAAAACAACUUUGCAUUAUCUGAGUACAAAAGGCGAAACGGCUCUAGUCAGUCUCAGUAAGGAGGGUCCAAUACACGCGGUCGAGUGGUCGCCAAAAAACACCGAGUUUUGUGUAAUUUACGGUUUCAUGCCAUCAAAAGCGACGCUAUUCAAUUUGAAAUGUGAGGCAAUCUUUGAAUUCGGAUCGAAACAUCGUAACAGCAUUUACUACAAUCCGCACGGAAACAUUCUCUUGUUGACCGGCUUUGGAAAUUUGCGCGGCGGUAUAGAAUUGUGGGACAUGAACAACAGAAAACUAAUCGCGAGUGCGGAAGCUCCUGAUACAACUUUACUUCAGUGGUCUCCAAAUGGAGAAAAUUUUAUGACUGCGACUACAGCACCCAGGCUUCGAAUGGGCAAUGGUUUUAAAAUUUGGCACUACACCGGUACUUUACUAUAUGAAAGACCUUGGAGCAAACAAGAAGAACUUUGGGAAGUUCAAUGGCAAACUUUUCCUGAUAACACAUUUCCCGAAAACCCUAUUAGUUAUAAAGCCGUUGAAGGUAUUGCGCCAAGUCAGCCUCAAGCUUCUAAACAAGCGUACAGACCACCUUCGGCGAGAGGGCAUCAAAUCAAUUUUAGUCUUCAUGACGACGAUGAUACUCCUUCAAGAGCAGGCGAUGCAAAAACGUCCAAGGACUCCAAGGCUUAUCUCAAAGCAAAGAAGAAAAGAGAGGCCAAGAAAGCGAAAAAGGGACAAGAAACUGCGGGAACUCAACCACAAUCGAGCAAUGCGCCUAUUAAUGGACUAGAUGUUAAUAAUGUUCCUAAAAGUCAAACUGCCCCAACCGAUCUUGAUAUCACCGAUGAUCCGGAAAAGAAAAAGAAGAUUGGACGAAUCAAGAGCAAAUUGGACCAGAUAUCAAAGCUAAAACAGCAGCAAUCAUCAGGCAAACAACUCGAAAUCAACCAACUCGACAAGAUAAAAAAAGAAGCUGAGCUCCUAAAAGAACUGCAAGACUUAUCAUUGUGAUCAGUCGUGAUAACUUUCAGGAAUUGCUGAAUGAUCCAGCCAAACUAGAUUCUAAAAUAAAUGCAUUUUCUGCAUCUCUCGAAAAAUUCGCAUCGGGAUGAAAAGUGCGAUUCGAAUUCACAAUCGCGAGGGAAAUAUGCGAAUGUGAUUGUAAAUAAAAUAUUUUCCGAAUUACGCCUUUAGAAGCCACGACUCUCUUCGCCUGGGAAAUACAAUUUUCUAUGACUGCAGUAAUGUUAAUCUGGAAAUUAGAAAUCCAACCGAAACAAUUAGAGAAUAUGGUGAAUACUUAAAAAUAGUUUUUUACAUGUAAUAUUAAUUAAGAAUACUCAAAAUUGAAAAAUUCUCAAAAUUUAAAUCCUAUUUUGGUGCAAAAUCAUACUUUUUUUAGUAGGGGAUUCCUAAUUCAUCGCAUGGUUUGUAUUUCUUUCAAGAUUAGAUAGAAAGUGUCCGGGUGCUCUAAAUAGGAUUAAUUACAUUUGUAUAUAAAAGUAACUGACUCGUAUCUUUUGGAAAUUCUCGAUGAAAAGGAGAAUUUGAAUAGAUUCGCCAAAUUUACAACAGAAAUUAAAAUUCUAAUAUUAAUUAAAUUCUGACGUCCAUUCUAUGAACGUUCAACGAUUUUAAUGAAAGCAGUUAAUAAUUAUUAUAGGGGGCAUAUGAAGAAGCAAUAAAUAUUAAUCUUGCGAAAGAAAAUUUUCCUUUUUUGAAAUAAAACUAGUCUUAAUUGUAAAUAUUGCCUGUUGAUUGCCUCAGUUACAAUUGAUUGAUUAUUGAUUUAAUCAUUUAACAGCUAUAUUUACAUCGGGAUAUAUUUUUCUUGUCAUUUUGCUCGCUGCCUUCCAAUAAUUCUUGUUUUAUCAUUUUAUUUCGAGUUUUACAAUUAAGAGGCAAACUGAAAAUUUCAAACUGUGAAAUAGGUGUGGGUGUUCAUAGUCCAAUGUACAAAAUUAAAGUGGGCUUCGAUUAACAAAAUACUUUGUGGAACGAAAUAAAUAAAUCGCUUAAAUCUGUAUUUGUUACGUUA